UCGUUGCGGAACCCAAAGUCGAGCUCCGCAACGGAAAUCGAAGAAAAUCGACGUCAGAAUCCAACGAAGACCAACUCCAGCUCGACUUCCGCCUCUUAGGGGUAGUUCUCGGUCACUGGCUUAUCUGAAAUAUUUGCAAAAUGUUCUAAAUACACCCGAGAAACGGUACAACACCUACAAUUGCAGCCCGAAAACCCCUCGCUAUGUCUGUUCGUCAUUUUCUACGCCGGGCUGCGCUGCCGCAGCGAACGUUCGCUGCGACGACAACAAGACACUACGCCAGCCAGAAGCCUGGAAACCCUGUUCUAGAGAUCUUCAACCGCAAAGUCAAGCAUGUACAAAAGGAUCGCGCGGCUUGGAAUGUGGAUGAAAGUCGCAAGGUGGACUAUCUCAAGGAUGAGGUGGCGAUGCGGUUAUGCGAGCGGUUACUGGAUAUCAAGCGUGACUUUACCAAUGUGCUCGAUCUCGGUGCCAACAGCUGCAACAUCGCUCGUGCCUUGACGACACCAAAUCCGGACCCAGACCCGGAAGCAGGAUCGUCUGCACCACUUGCGACUCGCAUCUCGAAGCUCACAUGUGCGGACACCUCACGAGCGCUGCUGUACCGCGAUGCCGACCUCCCUUUCAACCAGGAGCUCGCCAUCGAGCGAGACGUGAUCCCCGACCUCGAAUCCCUGCCCUACAAACCCAACAGCUUCGACGCGGUGCUCUCGUCGCUCUCGAUCCAUUGGAUCAAUGACCUCCCUUCCCUGCUGGAACAGGUCAACACCAUCCUGAAACCAGACUGUCCGUUCAUCGCGGCCAUGUUCGGUGGCGACACGCUGUUCGAGCUCCGCACCUCGCUCCAGCUGGCGGACCUCGAGCGCCGUGGAGGCGUGAGCCCGCACGUGUCGCCGCUGGCGGAUGUCCGGGAUGUCGGCGGUCUCCUGAACAAGGCUGGUUUCAAGAUGCUGACCGUCGAUGUCGAGGACAUUGUCGUCGAGUUCCCGGAUACGUUUGCCCUCAUGCAGGAUCUGCAGGCCAUGGGCGAGAACAACGCCAUCAUGCACCGUCAGCUGGGUCCCCUGUCCCGGGAUGUCCUGCUGGCCAACGAGGCUAUCUACCGCCAACUGCAUAAGGAGGAGGAUGCGCGAGGUAUCCCUGCCACCUUUAGACUGAUCUAUAUGAUCGGCUGGAAGGAAAGCGAGAACCAAGCCCAGCCGCUACAGCGCGGAAGUGGGCAGGUCAACUUGAAGGAUAUUCUGGGCGGAGGGAGUUUUGAUGGGACUUGAUGUACCAUAAGACUUUCAUAUAUAUUAAACCUUACUAAUAGAAAGAAUAUGUGUAGUAA